GCCCGGCACUGCCGCCGCUCCGAGGCCCCCCACGCCCCCCACCUCCGCACCCCGGCAGGCGCUGGGCUGCGCCCCGCCCCGUCAGCUGACUGCCGGGGGCGCGCCCGCGCUGGGUCACGCCGCGCUCGCCGCCCCCUCCCCUGCGCUCCGCUCCCCUCCCAGCCGGCGGCCGCGGCUGAGGGGCCGCCUACGCCAUGGUGCUGGAAUCAGUGGUGGCGGAUCUGCUAAACCGCUUCCUGGGCGACUAUGUGGAGAACCUGAACAAGUCUCAGCUCAAGCUGGGCAUAUGGGGGGGUAAUGUGGCACUUGACAAUUUGCAGAUAAAGGAGAAUGCAUUGAGUGAACUGGAUGUACCUUUUAGAAUAAAAGUUGGUCAGAUAGAUAAACUUACUCUGAAGAUUCCUUGGAAGAACCUCUAUGGGGAGGCAGUUGUUGCAACUCUAGAAGGCUUGUAUCUUCUGAUAGUUCCUGGAGCAAGUGUUAAAUAUGAUGCAGAGAAGGAAGAAAAAUACUUGCAGGAUAAUAAACAAAAGGAACUGGCAAGAAUUGAGGAAGCCUUGCAGAAAGCAGCAGAAAAAGGCACGCAUUCACAAGAUUCCUUGUAUGGGUUGGAGAGUCUGGUUUACAAGGACACCAAGCCUGGACGUAAGCGUAAAAAGUACAAAAAGCAUUUUAAGAGACCCUUUAGAGGUCGUGAUCACUCAAAAGACAAACCAAAGGAGGAGAAGAAGGAUACUUUCUUAGAAAAGCUUGCAACUCAAGUUAUAAAAAAUGUGCAAGUCAAAAUCACAGGCAUUCAUGUUAAAUACGAAGAUGAUAUCACAGACCCACAGUGCCCGAUUUCCUUGGGAAUGACGUUGGGCGAGCUUAGUUUACUGACAACAAACGAGAACUGGACACCUUCCAUUCUGAAUGAAGCUGCAAAAAUAAUAUACAAGCUUUUGUGCCUGGACAGCCUCAGUGCUUAUUGGAACAUACACAGCAAAAUGUAUUAUCAUGGCUCCCGUGAACAAAUACUGGAUCAGCUGAAAAGAGGAAUUCCCUGUCAUGGUCACCAGCCUGAAGACUACCAGUACAUUUUCAGACCAGUGUCAGCCUCUGCAAGACUCUAUAUUAACCCACAUGCAGAAGUAGAACUGAAAACUCCUAAGAUUGAUUGUAAUGUAGAAGUACAGAGAAUUGUCAUUGAAUUCACUAAGCCACAGUACCUCAGCAUGAUAGACCUGCUGGAGUCCAUCGAUUACAUGGUUCGCAACGCACCGUACAGAAGAUUUAGGCCAAAUGUGUGUCUCCAUAAUAAUGCCAGGGAAUGGUGGAAAUAUGCAGGUAACAGUGUUCUGGAAGUUCACAUCAGAAGACGUACUCGAAUGUGGUCAUGGAGUAACAUAAAACAGCACAGGCAGCUUCUGAAGAGCUACAAAAAUGUGUACAAGAACAAGCUAACACAGAGUAAACUGUCAGAAGAAACACAGAGGCAAAUCCAGGACCUAGAAAGAAAACUCGAUGUCUUCAAUACAAUCUUAGCAAGACAGCAAGCACAAGUUGAGACAAUAAGAUCAGGACAAAAACUACUGAAGAAGAAGAACACUGAGGCAGAAAAGAAAAGUGGAGGAUGGUUUAGUGGUUUCUGGGGUAAAAAAGAAUCUAGGAUUAAAGAAGACGAGGAACCACUUGUACCUGAAACUAUUGAUGAACUAAUGACACCAGAGGAGAAAGCUAAACUUUAUACUGCUAUUGGAUAUAGUGACAGCUCCCAUCACCUUUCGUUACCAAAGCAGUAUGUUGCCCAUGUUGUGACACUGAAGCUGUUAAGCACUUCUCUUACAAUUAAAGAAGACAAGAAUGUGGCAGAAACUCUAAAAGUACAGAUAAUUGAUCUGAGUACCAAAAUAUCACAGCGCCCAGGAGCACAAGCCAUUAAGGUUGAAGCAAAGCUUGAAAACUGGUAUGUUACAGGCCUGAGACAAGAAAACAUUGUACCAUCUCUUGUGGCUUCCAUAGGGGAUAGCAAAUCUUCUCUGCUUAAGAUUGAGUUUGAUGUUAACCCAGAGGACAGUACAGCUGACCAGAGCCUUACUAUUGAAUCGCAGCCUGUGGAAGUAAAAUAUGAUGCAAAAACAAUAAAUGCGAUGGUAGAAUUCUUUCAGACAAGUAAAGGAAUGGAUCUUGAAAGAUUAACAACAGCCACAUUAAUGAAGUUGGAGGAAAUCAAGGAAAGAACUGCUACAGGAUUAGCUCAUAUUAUUGAAAUGAGGAAAGUCCUUGACUUGAAGAUUAAUCUGAAACCUUCCUACCUUGUGGUUCCACGGACUGGUUUCUACCAUGAAAAUUCAGAUUUGCUGAUUUUGGACUUUGGUACAUUUCAGCUGAACAGCAUAAAUCAAGGCAGUAGUGAAGCCUCGAACUUUUCAUCAUUAGAGGAGAUUAUGGACAAAGCUUAUGACAAAUUUGAUGUGAAAAUUAAAAAUGUGCAACUUCUUUUUGCAAGAACAGGUGAAGACUGGAAGAAGGCUCGUUUUCAACACCCAUCAACUUUGCACAUUUUGCAGCCUAUGGAUAUUCAUGUACAGUUGGCAAAAUCAAUGGUGGAAAGAGAUUCCAGGAUGGCAAAGUUUAAAGUGUCAGGAGGACUUCCUUUGGUGCAUGUCAGACUCUCUGACCAGAAAAUCAAGGCAAUCUCUGAUCUGAUUGACAGCAUUCCACUGCCUCAGAAGUCAUCUAUGUCAGUUCCAAGCCCAAAGGUACCAGCUAUUCCCACAAUUCCUGUUGUUGGUAAAGGGCUGCUUAGUACACCCCAGUUGUUAGCAGAAAUAGUGUCAGACUCUGAAGAAGAAUAUUUUGAUUUUGAGGAAAGCUCUGAACCAACUGACAGUUCAGUAAUUAAAGGAGAAGAAAUAAAAAAAGAGGAGCCUGCUCAGGAGGAGCUGACAGAUCUUCACCUCAAGUUUGAAAUUAAAGAAGUUUUAGUAGAACUCACCAGACAAAAGAAAAUUGAGGAAACAGUACUUGUAUUUGAUGUAAUGCAUCUUGGGACAGAAGCUACUGUCAAAACCUAUAAUUUAGCAGCUGUAUCUUAUUUGAAGAAAAUAAGCUUGGACUACUAUGGAGUUGGAGGUAAAAAAGCACCCAUUCAUCUAAUUAGUUCCUCAGACAAGCCUGGCUUAGACCUUCUGAAGGUGGAAUAUGUCAAGGCUGACAGAAAUGGGCCACAGUUUCAGACAAUGUUUAACAACACUGAACAGAUGAUUCAAGUGACUUUUUCAUCACUUAACCUCCUGUUGCACACAGAGGCCCUUAUGUCUGCUGUCAGUUUUCUAACAGCUGUUAGUCCAUCAGGUGGUGAAAGAAGUGGAGAGACACCAUCCAAAGAAAAAAAGCAAGAAGAUGACUCUAGAUUGAAGAAAGUGUCUAAACCUUCCAAGGAUAAGGAUGUGUUUGACUUCAAGCUUUUUGCCAAGCUGGAUGCCUUCUGUUUAAAUAUUUGUGAUGAAAAAAAGAACAUUGCAGAGAUCAAGAUACAAGGUCUUGACUCAUCUCUUUGCCUUCAGCCAAGCCACACUGUAUUCUUUGCCCGUCUUAAGGACAUAGUUGUCACAGAUGUUGAUUCAAGGACCCUUCAUAAAAAAGCUGUGUCUAUAGUGGGAGAUGAAGUUUUCAGUUUCAAUUUGACAUUAAAUCCUCAUGCUACUGAGGGAGAGGCCUACACUGACAUGUCAAAAGUGGAUGGUACUGUAUGUUUGAAAGUGGGCUGCAUCCAGCUGGUGUACCUUCACAAAUUUCUCAUGUCUCUCCUGACCUUCUUGAACAACUUCCAGACAGCCAAGGAGACACUGAGUGCUGCUACAGUCCAAGCUGCAGAAAAGGCUGCUACCAGUGUGAAAGACCUGGCCCAAAGGAGUUUUCGGCUUGCAAUGGACAUUCACUUGAAAGCACCAGUUAUAGUUAUCCCCCAGUCCUCCAUUUCCCCCAAUGCAAUAGUAAUAGAUCUUGGCCUGAUUAAGGUUCAGAACCAGUUUGUCUUGGUGUCCUCAGAAGGCAGCUCACUCCCUCCAGUCAUUGACAAAAUGGAUGUGCAGCUGACAAAGCUGAAACUAUCAAGGAUCACUUUGGAGACAGAUUUGUCACAUCCAGAUAUUCAGAUACUUCACCCUAUUAAUUUAAGCCUUUCUGUGAAACGAAAUCUCUCUGCAGCUUGGUUUCACAAGUUACCAGUGUUGGAGGUCACAGGAUAUCUGGAUACAAUGAAUGUUGUGUUAAGUCAAGAGGAUUUGAAUGUCUGUCUCAAAGUGUUGACGGAAAACCUGGGUGAAGCAGAAGAAACUCAAAAGGAUGCAAAAUCAGUACUGCAAAAGGAAGGUAAAAUGAAAGAACUGGAGAGAUCAGUUUUGAUACAGGAUAAGAGUGUUUCAGAAGGAAUGUUGUCUGAAAUGAGAAAAAUAACAUUAAAUGAAGAUGUAAUCAAUAUGCUACUUAAUUUUGAAAUCAAAGAGGUUGUAAUAACUUUGAUGAAGCAGGUUCAGAAGGAGAGAUAUCCAUUACAUAUUCUAACUGUGCUACAGCUUGGGACCAAAACCAAAAUUAGAAAUCAUGAAUUGGCUGCAGCAGCAUAUCUGAAAAAAAUUACAAUGAGAUGCACUGAAAUACAUGACUCAAAAGGAGAUCCUCUUUGCAUUCUUAAUUCCUCAAGUGAGACAGAUGAACAUCUUUUGAAAAUGGAAUAUAUUAAGGCUGAUCCUGAUGGACCAGACUUUGUUACUACUUACCAAAGCACCAAGCAAAACAUCAAUGUCAUUUUUUCAUGUUUGGAUAUAGUACUUCACACAGAGGCUUUGCUUUCCAUCAUGAGUUUCCUCACCUUCAGUGUUCCAUCAGGUGGUCUUCCCAGCACUGAUAAAUCAUCAGAGCACAAGCCUCAAAUGAAAGAACAGGAAAAAGGAAGUACUCUCAGACCAGUGUCUGGUGAUGCAGCCCAUGAUGAUGUCUCUGAAUUAAAGCUCACUGCAAAGCUAAAUGCGUUCAGUAUUACAGUGUGUGAUCAGACCUGUAGAAUUGCAGACAUUAGAAUACAAGGAAUGGAUGCAUCUGUGGCUAUGAAGCCUAAAGAGAUUAAAGUGUUUUCCAGACUUGAGGACAUUGUAAUUACAAAUGUUGAUCCAAAAACAAUCCAUAAAAAGGCUGUCUCCAUAAUGGGAGAUGAAGUGUUUAGAUUUCACAUGUCACUUUAUCCAGAUGCCACUGCAGGGGAAGCCUAUGCUGAUAUGUCAAGGGUGGAUGGUAAAAUGUCUCUGAAAGUGGGCUGCAUCCAAAUAAUUUACCUACAUAAGUUCUUUAUGUCUCUCUUGAACUUCCUAAACAAUUUCCAAGCAGCACAGGAAGCCCUGACUGCAGUCACAGUGCAGGCAGCAGAAAUGGCUGCUUCCAGCAUGAAGGACUUUGCUAAAAAGAGCUUCCGCCUCCUAAUGGAUGUCAACCUGAAAGCUCCAGUCAUAGUGGUCCCUGAAUCUUCAGCUUCACGUAAUGCUUUGGUAGCUGAUCUUGGCUUAAUCAGAGUUCAGAAUGAAUUCAAGCUGGUGUCUUCAGAUGAAUCUCCUCUUCCUCCAGUCAUUGACAACAUGGAUGUGCAGCUGACUCACUUGAAAUUGUCAAGGUGCAUUAUAUCCACAGAUUCGCAACCAGAUUCUGAAAUUCUGCGUCCUGUGAGUUUGACUUUACUGGUCCAGAGAAAUUUAGCAGCAGCAUGGUAUCAUAAAUGCCCAACAAUUGGUAUCAAAGGAGACCUAAAACCAAUGCAGAUUGCACUCAGUGAAGGUGAUCUAACUGUAAUCAUGAAGAUUUUACUUGAAAACCUUGGAGGAGCUUCUUCCCAGCCAAAUACUGUGCAAGAGAAUAUUGAAGAUAUGCAGAUAGCUAAAAAAGGGAAAGCUCCACAUGAAUCUGGUGCCUCUGAGGGUACCCUUGUUGAUUCUGGACAAAAAAGUAUUUCUGCAGUUCAGUCUUCUGUGGAAUGUUGCACAUUGCUUAAAUUUGACUUCAAUUUUGAGUCCCUUUCUGUAACUCUCUACAACAGAGACACAACUCAGGAAUCUCUGCUUUCAGUGCACAGUGACAAACUGCGCCUCGGUGAGCUCCGGCUGCACCUCAUGGCAUCCGCAGGGGAGAUGUUCUCAGAUGGCUCCAUGGAUAUCACUGUCAAACUCAAAGCAUGUACCUUGGAUGAUCUCAGAGAGGGAAUUCAGAAUGUGACUGCAAGAAUGAUAGACAAGAAAGAUGACACAAAUGACACUUCUAUGAUUGAUAUAAGAUAUAAGCAGGAUAAAAAUGGAACUGAAGUUGUUGCUGUCCUUGACAAGCUGUACAUCUGUGCUAGUAUGGAAUUUUUGUUGACAGUAGCACAUUUUUUCAUUAAGUCAAUGCCAGUAUCUUCAGCUGAAGGAUCUGCACAAUUCCAAUUAAAGCAAGUUGCUUCUGGGAAAUCCAAGGCAGAUACAGAGGUAUCUGUACGGCCAAACAUGACAGUAAAAGCUGUGAUUAUGGAUCCAGAAAUUGUAUUUGUUGCUAAUUUGACCAGUGCUGAUGCUCCUGCCUUAAAAGUUUCCUUCCAAUGUGACUUUUCUCUGACAUCAGACAAGCUUGCACAAAGGAUGACUGCUCAAGUGAAGGCCUUCAAAGUGUUGGCCUGUGCUUUUCUCAAAGAAAAACAAGGCAAGAAUGUUACUACGGUGUUACGGCCAUGCUCUUUGGUCAUGGAAAAUAUGGUGCACACUUCAGGGUUACACACUGUGGCAGUAACAAUAGAGGAACUAACUAUUAAGAUCUCACCAAUAAUUUUGAAUACUGUUGUGACCAUUAUGGCUGCCCUAAAACCCAAAACAGCAGAGGAGGAUUCUAGAGGAGCAACAGAAGUUUCUGAGAAUUUGUGGCAAGUGAAACCUGUGGAUGAGUGCAAUGCUUGGUUUCUUGGUGUUGACAUAGCCACAGAAGCAACAGAAACUUUUAAGGACCAUGAGCAAAUUCUGAAGCAAGAGAAAUUUGAUGUUGUAGUGAAGUCAGUUCAGAUGACCUUGGAAUGUGGCCUGGGCCAUCGAACUGUCCCUUUAUUGUUAGUGGAAUCUACAUUUUCAGGUGUUCUUAAAAACUGGUCCUCACUGAUGGAGGUCACUGCUGAUACGUCACUGGAGGUUCAUUAUUACAAUGAAACCUAUGCAGUGUGGGAGCCACUUAUUGAACGAGUUGAAGGAGGAAAGAAGCAAUGGAAUUUAAAGCUGGAGAUGAAGACUAACCCUGUCCAGGAGAGAAGUCUGCUGCCUGGGGAUGAUUUCAUUGUUAUUCCUGAGCCACAAACUGCAAUUAACAUCUCUUCGAUGGACACAAUGAAUAUAACAAUAUCCAAAUGUUGUCUUGCUGUUUUCAGUAACCUAGCCAAGGCAUUUUCAGAAGCAACUGCAUCCACCUUUGGCUAUUCCUUUAAAGAGACAGCACCCAUCAUAGUGAAAAAUGCCCUGGGUGUUUCUCUCAAAGUGCUUCCUAGCUCCAAUUUUCGGAUAGUGGGUUCAGUUGAAAAAGAAAACGCAAAUGAAAUAGAAACUGGUCAGAGCAUGGAACUGGAAUACUCAGUUUUUGAAGCACCCCAGCGAGGAAGGUUGUCUGCGUUGCACCGACAGGAAAGCUCUGUCUUCUCUUUAAAUUUAGAACUUCAGGGAUACAAGGAGGCACUGAGCAUUCCCGUGGCCAAGCCAGGCCGCCGCCUGUACAGCGUCACAGACAGCGCCGGCUGCCCCGACUCCAUCGUGGUGCAGAUCGAUGCUGCGGAGGGAAAUAAAGUCAUUACUGUGCGCUCCCCUCUGCAGAUCAAGAACCAUUUCUCAAUUCCAUUUGUGAUCUAUCAGCUGGCUAAAGGCUCCAAGUUGCUGAAGCCAAUUGGCAUAUCCAAGCCAGAAGAAGAGUUUCAUGUUCCUUUACAUUCAUACAGGUGCCAUCUGUAUGUCCAACCAACAGGAGUAUUUGAGGGUCAGUUCAAGGAGUCUACAACUUACAUUGCCUGGAGGGAAGAGCUACACAGGAGCAAUGAAGUGAAGUGCUUGUUACAGUGCCCAGCCACUGAGACCAAUUUCUUGCCUCUAAUAAUCAGCUCAACAGCUGUACCUGAUGAACUAAAUUUUAUUUCAAGUUCUGUAGAGGAGUUGGAUCCUGCCUACAUUAUCCACCUUGGCCCUACACUGACUGUGAGGAAUCUUCUACCAUACUCCUUGAGAUUUUUACUUGAGGGAACCGCAGAAGACCGUGAAUUAACUGAAGGGAGUGCUGCAGAUGUUUUUAAUUCAAGAAUCAAUGGAGAAAUAAUGGAGAUUGUGUUGUUAAAAUAUCAAGGCAAAGACUGGCAUGGCCAUCUUAAAAUUUGUGAUGGGAUGUCUGAAUUUUUCCCUGUGUGUUUCACAUCUCAUUGUGCCUCAGAGCUGACAGUGGAUGUUUACGUCCAUUCGAGGCGGGUCGGGAGCCACAUGGUCCUGUCUGUGUUCAGUCCCUACUGGAUUAUCAACAAGACUUCCCGAGUUCUCCAGUACCGAGCUGAAGACACUCAUGUGAAGCAUCCAGCAGACUACAGAGAUAUUGUUUUGUUUUCAUUUAAAAAGAAAAAUAUUUUUAGUAAGAACAAGAUCCAGCUCUGUAUUUCGACUAGCACUUGGUCCAACAGCUUUUCUCUUGAUACUGUGGGAAGCUAUGGAUGUGUCAGGUGUUCAGCUAAUAACAUGGACUAUCUGGUUGGAGUCAGCAUCAGAAUGAGCAGUUUCAACCUUACCAGGAUAGUUACCUUCACUCCAUUCUACACAAUAGCAAACAAAUCUUCUCUGGAACUUGAAGUUGGAGAAAUUGGUCCUAAUGGUUCUCUUCCAACUAAUAAAUGGAAUUAUAUCUCAGCUUCAGAGUGUCUUCCAUUUUGGCCUGAAAACUCAUCUGGUGAACUUUGUGUAAGAGUAGUUGGCUAUGAAAGCUCAUCCAAGCCAUUCCUGUUUAAAGCCCAGGAUAAUGGUACUCUGCUGAAACUGGAAGAAUUGAAUGGGGGCUUGCUGGUAGAUGUGAAUGUCUCAGAGCAUUCCACUGUGAUAAGCUUCACGGAUUACCACGAGGGAGCUGCCCCAGCUCUGAUUGUGAACCACACUCCAUGGGACUCCCUCAGAUACAAACAGAGUGGAUUACAAGAGGAAAUGGAGUUGAAACCAAGGCAAGUAUGCCUCUUUGCCUGGACGGAUCCAACCAAACCGAGAAAAUUGACUUGGGGCUACUCUCAGUGUUUUGGUGAACACGACCUACUUAAGGAUGACUGUGGCCAGUUCCCUUACAAUGCAAAUACUCAAAUUCACUGGGUGUCUUUCCUGGAUGGACGGCAGCGGGUGCUGCUUUUCACAGAUGAUGUGGCACUGGUUUCUAAAGCACGACAAGCGGAGGAGCUGGAGCAACCUGAUCAAGAAAUAAACUUGUCAAUCCAUAGUCUUGGACUUUCUCUAGUUAACAAUGAAAAUAAGAAAGAAAUCUCUUACAUAGGAAUUACUAGUUCUGAUGUUGUUUGGGAACGGAAGCCAAGGCAAAAGUGGAAACCAUUUAAUCAAAAGCAAAUAAACCUACUGGAACAAGCGUAUCAAAAGUAUCUCUCCAAGAGUGCUUUCCAAGGUCCUGGUUGGCAUAAACUGGACAGCAAUACUGAGGUGAAUUUUAGCAAGUCUCCAAUGGAAAUGCGUCUCCCGGUGAGAUGCAGCAUCCGCCGUAACUUCCUGUCAGGAAUUCAGGUUGAAUUCAAGCAGUCACCUCACCAGAGGAGUUUACGUGCUCAGCUCUACUGGCUGCAGGUUGAUAAUCAAUUACCAGGAUCGAUGUUUCCUGUUGUAUUUCACCCUGUAGCCCCUCCCAAGUCCAUUGCUUUGGAUUCAGAACCAAAACCCUUCAUUGACAUCAGCAUCAUCACUAGAUUCAAUGAAUACAGCCAAGUCCUGCAAUUCAAGUACUUCAUGGUCCUUAUCCAGGAAAUGGCACUGAAAAUUGAUCAAGGGUUUUUAGGAGCACUUAGUGAGCUUUUCACUCCAUCUACAGACCCAGAAGCUGAAAGACAGAGGUCUAAAUUAAUUCAGCAAGAUGUGGAUGCACUUAACACUGAGCUGAUGGAGUCUUCCCUAACAGAUGUGUCAAUGCUCAGCUUCUUUGAACAUUUCCAUAUUUCUCCAAUUAAGUUGCAUUUGAGUUUGUCUCUGGCUUCUGGUGGAGAAGCAUCAGAUAAAGGGGAAGAAAUGAUAGCCAUCCAUUCUCUGAAUUUGCUGUUGAAAAGUAUUGGAGCUACUCUAACAGAUGUGGAUGAUGUUAUUUUCAAACUUGCUUUCUUUGAAAUUAAAUACCAGUUCUACAAGAGAGAUCAACUGAGGAUGAGAGUUAUUAGACACUACAGUGAACAAUUCCUGAAACAGAUGUAUGUUCUUGUACUUGGAUUAGAUGUUCUUGGAAAUCCAUUUGGUUUGAUCAGAGGGCUGUCUGAGGGAGUUGAAGCUUUUUUCUAUGAGCCAUUCCAGGGUGCUGUUCAAGGACCUGAAGAAUUUGCUGAAGGCUUUGUGAUUGGUGUUAGAAGUCUUCUUGGGCACACAGUGGGUGGGGCAGCAGGGAUGGUGUCCAGGAUCACUGGUACUGUUGGCAAAGGCUUGGCUGCCAUUACUCUGGAUGAAGAAUUUCAGCAGAAAAGGAGAGAGGAGAUGGGUCGGCAGCCAAAAGACUUUGGGGAGAGCCUGGCUAAAGGAGGAAAAGGCCUGUUACGGGGUGUUGUUGGAGGUGUGACAGGCAUCAUCACUAAACCAGUCGAAGGUGCUAAAAAAGAAGGUGCAGCUGGAUUCUUUAAAGGAAUUGGGAAGGGGCUUGUAGGAGUUGUAGCCCGGCCGACGGGAGGCAUUGUAGAUAUGGCAAGCAGUACCUUCCAGGGAAUUCAAAGGGUGGCAGAAUCAACUGAGGAAGUGUCCAAUCUCCGUCCCCCACGCCUCAUCCGUGAGGAUGGCAUCAUCCGGCCCUACAACAGGGUGGAAGCUGAGGGCUAUGAUUUAUUUGAGAAGUUGCACAUCAGGAAGUUGGAGAAAGAGGUUUAUCACUACCACUGUGCAGUUCCAAGAGGCAGAAGAGCAAACCUGAUUGUUACCAACAGGAGAGUGAUAUAUGUGAAAGAAGUGGAAAUCAUAGGCCAUUUAACAACAGAGUGGGACCACUUAUUUGAAGAAUUCACACGUUAUCCCUCCUAUGAAGCAAAUAUUUUAAAAAUUACUGUUUGGGAUCAAAAGAUGUUCCAAAGAAAGGACAAUACAGGUCAUGAAUGUGUAAAGACUGUUCAGCUUUGGGAUGAAGCUACAGCAAGGAGGGUUUGUUGUGCCAUUCAGGAAGCCCUGGCAACACGAAAACAGGAGAAGCUGGUGAAGAGAGCAUCCUUGCAGUUGAGGAAACCUUAAAUGCUCUCUUGAUAAUGACUGGAUUUGUCGGGUUUGACACUUGGUAUGCAAUUUUCUCCCUAAAACUGAUUAGAAGCAACAUGGAAACAUUGGAUAAAAGUCAAAAUAAAAUAUCUGAGGUCUUCUUUCAAAGUUAGCAGCCAUUAACACUUUAGUUUUAGAAGUUAUGCAUCUUUUGGAGACAAUGGGUUUCUAAAGCGUGCAUUUCAGUUUACAAAUUACAUUUUUUGAUAAAAUGUUUUCUCACUCUGAAAUUUUAUCUUCUGCCCUUUUAAUGUCAGAGAUUCUAAAAUGAAGUUAUCUUAUUUGCACUCUAAGGUUGUGGUUUACAGACCAGCGGUUGUGGUUCUGGUGUUUUUUCAGAUGAAGCACUUCUGUUGGUGAUUGAAACAAAUUAAGAGCUCUAUUUCAGAUAACAUUCUCUUUAAAUAACUCUACACAAUUUAGCUAAUAUAAUUUAAUCUCUGAAUGUUUAGUAUUAGAAAAAAAUGCAUUGAAGCAAUGUAAUAAUUUCUAUAUAUGAAAGAAAUAUGCUAUUGCUGUCUGGAAAUGUUUACUUUGAAAUGUCACAUUGUAAAUGAAAAUCUGCACUUUAAAAAUGGAAAAUAUUAUUCACCUGUCAUGUGCCUGUUUAUGGUUUUGGUGUGUCACUGUAGCCUAAAGAAUUCUCCAGGAGGAACAGCACACUGGGUUUAGCAUUGUAUGUCAAAAACAAAUCUAAGAAAUUAGCUCUCCAUAUUUCAGUGUACAGUUGUUCCACUGGAAGAAUGCCAUCUCAUUGAGUUCAAACUCACUUCUGAUGCAACGUUUUUGUUGCAGUUUCUCUUCCUGAAGGCUGUUAGCAUUUAAUUUAACACAACAUUUAAACACAAAGUGUCUGCCUGGUAUGAAUAACCCCAUGAAUUUUCUUGAGACAAGUUCCAUUCUUAACAGGAGGCCCAUCCAGAGUGCUUCCAUGUCUUAAAGCAUCCAUAGGUAAGUGAGUCAGGGCUAGAGGAGAACACAGACUUGAGUUCAGUGAACUGGGAGCUUUUGCUGUCAGUCUUUGGCUGUCAGUCCAGAAAAUCAGUGUCCUUGCAAAAACUCGUGAAAAUUUGACCUUCCCAAUUUCCUUGUCUUGGAAACAAUAUUUUCUAUUUCUUACUUCUAUUUUCUGCUAGAUAACAGCUGUAGGUACAAACUUGAUGAACUAAGAUGACAGUAUUUUUCUACAGAUCCAUACAGUGCACCAGGCCUGGAUUUUUAAACUCUACACUUAAGGGCUGGUGCAUUGUAUAAAUGUACUCUUAACCUGUUCUAUGAGCUCACCAAAGUUUGAAAGCUGAAGAUAUUUGAAAGUAUGCUGCCAAACACAGAACUUGUAGAGAGCAUUGCACAUGAUUUUAUUGUUGUAUACAUGUGGCUAUUAAUCCACUUUGCUACAAGGGAAAAAAUGUGGUACAGCCUUUAAUUCUUGCUAUCACCUGUCUUCUAGAAAGCUCUGCUCAAACAAUAAAUAAAUUAGCUGUCCAGCUUGUAUGUAUAUCAAGUUCAUGUUUUAAAAAAAAGACAAUAAAUUUUUAUAUGCAAGUA